ACCAACGCCGAGGCCCUCAAUUCCAGACCAAAAACCCGGCCGGACCGCAUUUAGCUCCACGCGCCAGGCAUACACGCGCGGGUGGCACGGGCGCGCCUGCGUCUUCAUUUGAGGUCAUGCAUGUACGAAUCCUCAAUCUCUGCCGUCGCCAGCAUGGACCACACCGCCGCCAAUAACAGCUACACGGCCGCCGCGGAAGCCAACAUGGCCACUUUGAACCUCAACGAGCACCGCCACGAGAACGGCGGUGUCCCGACGGGACAGGCCAAAGACACAGCGCACGCCGCCAAGAUGGACAACGGAGCCGCGGGGAAGAAGUCUCAAACUCCUGCAAGCAAAACGCCCGCCAGAGCUCAGCCAGAUGCCGCAAGCGGCCAGAGCAGUCCCGGCACGCCCAAGUCUCCCUCCAGCCAAGCGCUCGGAGGCAAGUCGGCGGGCGACGCCCACAAGGUGAGGAAGGUGGCGGUGGUGCGGAGUUCCCCGAAGUCACCCGGUUCCCUGAAGACCGCCGCCCCUCUGGCCUCCGCCCCACCCAUGCCUGACCUCAAGACGGUCAAGUCCAAGAUCGGAUCCACUGGGAACCUCAAGCACCAGCCGGGCGGCGGCAAGGUGCAGAUCCUGGACCAGAAGGUGGACUACAGCAACGUCCAGUCCAAGUGCAACUCCAAAGCCAACAUCAAACACGUGCCCGGUGGCGGCAACGUUCAAAUCCUGGACAAGAAAAUGGACCUGUCGGCCGUCCAAUCCCGCUGCGGCUCCAAAGCCAACCUCAAGCACACGCCAGGCGGCGGGAAGGUUGAGAUUGUGGACAAGAAGUUGGACUUGAGCAACGUGCGUUCCCGCUGCGGUUCCAAAGAUAAUAUUAAACAUGUCCCCGGUGGAGGCAAUGUCCAAAUUGUCCACAAAAAAGUGGACCUGAGCAGCGUUUCGUCCAAGUGCGGCUCCAAAGAUAACAUCCGCCACAAACCAGGUGGCGGCAACGUGGAGAUCAAAAACGAGAAGUUGGAGUUCAGAGUUCAGUCCAAGGUGGGCUCACUUGGCAACAUCAGUCAUGUGCCAGGAGGCGGACAGAAAAAGAUCGAGAGCCACAAGCUGAACUUCCGUGAGAGCGCCAGGGCGCGCACGGACCACGGCGCCGAGAUCAUCUCCCUGGAGGACUCGCCCACUCAAGAGCUCAGCACCGUGUCGUCGUCCGGCAGCCUCAACAUGACCGAGCCGCCCCAGCUGUCCACGCUGGCCGACCGGGUCAGCGCCUCACUGGCCCGGCAGGGACUGUGAGGCGCGGCCAUUCCCUCCAUCGACACCCCCCCCGGCCCCUUAUGUCACCCUCCACGUCCUUUUUCUCACCGGACUUUUUGUAACCGCCGUCAUGUUUCAACAGUAAUUCACAUGAGAGCAGGGGUGUCAAACGCAUUUGAGUUGGCGGGCCACAUUCACCCCAAUCUGAUCUCGAAUGGGUCAGGAAAGGACAUUUAGAAGUGAGAAGUCCAAAUUUUAUAUCGCAAGUACACCGGGAAGACAGUAAAAAAGCCUUCCUGUAGCUGUUGAUGGCUCUUCAGAUAUUUCGAAGGAGGGUUACCUUUUCAUGUAAACGCGGCCCCUUUUUUUCCAGCGAGGUGGGCUUUCUUUGCUGGCCAAACUUCACCGGGGAAUCCUUCAGGAGCAGGCGUCAAAUCCUAAAGGACAGCCCAGUUCACAAUGUCAUUUCAGUGGUUAUCAAUGCGCCCUCUAGUGGGCAAAAUUAGCAACGGUCAUUACUUUGAAACACGGCAGCGUGAAGGUGUUCUCUUUUCUCCACGUUGCCCAAUCGGACCUCCGUCAGGCCCGCGGGCCUUAUACGUUUGACACCCCUGCAUUUAGAAGCCUUUCCUCCUUGGGUGUUUUCAAUGGAAAGUUCCGCAUUCCAUUGCGGGUGCUACAGGGUUGCCAUGACUGCUGACGCUGCGUUCAAGUCAGUUUAGCUUCUUCCUUUGUGGCCAUUUUGAUUGAGGCUUUCCGCUCUCCCGCUCGUCACUUCCUUGACCUUGUUUGAGAUAAAAAAGUUUUUAAAAAAAUGUUGCUGAGGCGCCGUCGCUGUCGCCGUGCCGUGCCGUCAGUCAGUCACUCUUCCGUUGCGUUGGCUUCGUGGGUGGGGACGGGGAUGCUUUUGAAAUGUCAGUUGCCAAAUGAGGGACGGCAAGUGUAUGAUGAGCCAGCCUUUCAAAGCAGUAUUGUCGCCGAGUCGAGAGAACCAAGCGAGUGGACUCCCGGUGCCGCAGUUCCGUUGUCGAUGUCCGCGUAUUUUUAGCUUCAUGAUUUGGCGGGUGCGCAAAGUCAGUUUUUUGUGUGUUGUAUGUCUGUGUAGGUUAGUUGAUUGACGGUCAUGGAUCUUUUUAAAGUUUAUAGCCAAUGAUGCUAAGACAUCACUUCCUGCAUGAAGCGCCAAAUGGAAGCGAAGCCGAGCGAGUGCAGUUUGCUUUGUUUUGUUUUCUUCACCCUACACGAACCUGCUGGAUUUGAUGCGUGUGCAUAUGCAGGGUAAUAACGUUUAUAUGUCCACCGCGUGUCGUGUUUUCAUACCAGAGCAAAGGUGCAUGCCAACUUUGUCGAAUGUGUCGCUCCAAGACAACGACAAAGACGAAGAACUCCAUGAGCCAGUUUCCAUAGUAACCCACUCACGCUGUACAGUGGUGCAAAUGUGAUCGUUGUUGUGCAUUUAAUGUAUGUUUGUGUUUGACAAUAAACGCUGACCAGUCACCAAA